AAAUAACACACAGUAAAACAAAGACAAAGACAGGAGAAGGUGAUGAUGAAGAAGAUGAUAAACACCCAUCAACUGAAACAAAGACAGCGGGCGGAGAGAAUGAAGAAGACGUAGAAGAUGAAUACCCAUCUACUAAAACAAAGACAAAGGACGGAGAGGAUAAAGAAGAUGAACAAACAAAAACAAAGGAAAAAGAAGAUGAACCAACAAAGACAAAGGAAAAAGAAGAAGAACCAACAAAGGAAAAAGAAGAUGGGCCAACAAAAACAAAGGAAAAAGAAGAUGAGUCAACAAAAACGAAGGAAAAAGAAGAUAAACCAACAAAAACAAAGGAAAAAGAAGACGAACCAACAAAAACAAAGGAAAAAGAAGACAAACCAACAAAAACAAAGGAAAAAGAAGAUGAGCCAACAAAAACAAAGGAAAAAGCUCCACCAAUUAAAACAACGAUCGCAAAAGAUGACCCUCCAUCGCCUAAGAAAACGGACAAAAAAGAUGACCCUCCAACACCAAAGAAAACGGACAAAAAAGAUGACCCUCCAGCACCAAAGAAAACGGACAAAAAAGAUGACCCCCCAUCACCAACCAAGAAAAAUUCAAAGACAUGA